ACGACUGGUGCAUGGAUAUGAGGAGGGGUCAACAACGCUAUUCUUUUAGCAUCGAUAUCUAGAACAACUUCGCUCCUCUGACGCCGUGAAAGAAAACAGCGAAGGGAACGUUACUUUUGUACACAUCUGAAAUCGUACAGCAGCUAAGCCAGAGUAUCAAGGCCACUGGAAGCAUACUCUGCCGAUAGUUUGUUCGAGAUGCCUCAAUAUCUCAAGAGAGGCGAGGGUCUGCCUUCCCAGCCUGGACAAACGGGCCAGACCAGCGUUGCCACUAUAGUCACCGGCGUGAUUGAGGAGAUUGCGACCAACGGUGACGAAGCUGUCCGAAAAUACAGCGAAAAGUUCGACAAAUGGUCGCCCGCGCAAUUCAAGCUGUCGCAGAAGGAAAUCGAUUCAAUCAUCGCACAGGUUCCCGAGCAAACGAUCAAGGACAUCAAAGAAGUCCAAAAGAAUGUACGCAAGUUCGCCGAAGCUCAGAAGAAUUCCAUCAAGGACUUUGAACUCGAGAUGGAGCCUGGAGUGUUUCUGGGACAGAAGAAUCUACCGAUCAAUCGGGUCGGGGCAUAUAUCCCUGGUGGUCGAUACCCGUUACUAGCAAGCGCACAUAUGACCAUUCUGACCGCCAAAGUCGCCGGUGUUCCUCACGUUAUCGGCUGCACGCCACCUAUCGCCGGCAAGAUUCCCCACGCUACUGUGGCAGCCAUGCACUUCGCCGGCGCCGACGAUAUCUUCAUCCUAGGUGGCGUCCAGGCCGUCGCCGCCAUGGCCAAGGGGACCGAAACCAUUGCGAAAGUCGACUUUCUCGCCGGACCGGGCAAUGCGUUCGUGGCGGAGGCCAAGCGGCAACUCUUUGGCGAAGUCGGAAUCGACCUGUUCGCUGGUCCGACCGAGAUUCUCAUAGUCGCAGACGAGGAUGCCGAUCCAUACACAUGCGCCGUCGACCUGUUGUCCCAGGCCGAACACGGGCCAGAUACGCCGGCGAUCUUGGUCACAAAUUCAGAACAGGUAGGUGGAGAGACGAUUCGUCUCGUGGAUGAAUUGCUCAAGGUCCUGCCCACGGCGCCUGUGGCUGGUGUUUCGUGGAAGGCCUUUGGUGAAGUCAUCGUCACCAAAGAUAUGGACGAGGCGUACCAGGUUGCGGAUGAGCUGGCGAGUGAGCACGUGCAAAUCCUGACCAAAACACCGAGAGAUGCCUUGACGAAGAUGACCAACUAUGGAGCGUUGUUCCUGGGAGAGAACACCUGUGUCUCAUAUGGCGAUAAAUGCAUUGGCACAAACCACGUGCUACCUACACGUAAGGCUGCCAGAUAUACCGGCGGUCUCUGGGUGGGCAAGUACCUUCGCACCACAACAUACCAGGAAGUUACCAACCCCGAGGCAAGUGGGAAAUUGGGCCGGCUGUGCGGCAGGGCUGCUAGGGCCGAAUUGUUCGAAGGCCAUGCGAGAUCGGGGGAUUUGCGCGCGGCGAACCAUCUGGGUGACAAGUACGACUGGAUUGAGGAGACGAGACAGGCGCAUAAUGGAACGACGAAUAGCAAUGGAGUCCAUGUGAACGGAGGGCCUCACUAGGCUGGAGAGACAUUGAGAUUACCAAUGCAGUCAGGCAUAUGAGGUACUCAUUAGUAGCUGACAAACACUGAACUUCCUACGAGCCGGUCCGUGGACAUCAAUACUG